AAGCUUUCUUACAUUACUGAACCCAUCUUGAGUAGGUACGUUGUUGUUUAUUAUAUACUUUUAGUGUUAUUCGACUGUGGGAUAAUAAGAUAAAAAUGCAGUCUACCAUUACUAUUUUGGUUGCUCUGGUGUGUGUGGCGAUGGCUCAAGUGUCGGUCCCCCCAGGAUACAAAGAAAGGUAUCCGAACCACUACCCGUGGGCCAAAAAUGUCCGACACGCAAGAGACGUCACGUGGGACAGAUCAGUCGGUAACGGCAAGGUCUUUGGAACAUUGGGCUCCAACGACCAGGGUUUAUUCGGCAAGGGAGGCUACAAAGAGACGAUCUUCAACGAUGCACGGGGCAAAUUGGACGCGCAAGCUUACGGCAGCCGCGUGCUAAGUCCCGCCGGGGACUCCAGCCAUUUCGGGGGUAAGCUCGACUGGGCCAAUGACAACGCUAAAGCUGCCUUGGACAUCAGCAAGCAGAUCCAUGGUAAAACCACGGUGGAUGCGAGCGCUGCAGGAGUAUGGAACCUGGAUAAGAACACGCAGUUUUCAGCCGGCGGCGGUCUUUCCCACACCGGCGGGGCCAAGCCCGACGUCAACGUCAAAGCACAGAUAGAACACAAGUUUUAACCUCAACUCCAGUGUAUAGCCAGCUGCAGAGAUAGCUGACCCCAAGUUAAUGUUAUACUUAUCACACAAUUACAAUGACAGAGUCAGGUAGCUCAUUGAUAUGAAGCAGUACACAGUGCGAUGUGGGAAGUAAUUGAAACGACUAGUUACCUUUACUUUAUAACACUACAACAGAAUACAGCUGUUUGGAUGAACGACCACAAUGUUACGCUUUCAAGUGUUCAAUUAUAUUAUGUAGCAAAUGUGAUAUACUUAGAUUAAAGGUUUUUAAUAAUUAAAUCGCUUGUUUAACAGUC